AUGAGAGUCCUUUCAUGGAACUGCAGGGGCAUGCAACGUGCACCUGCAGCUCAAACUUUGAAAAAGCUCAUUAAUGUAAAUAGUCCUAGUAGUUUGUUUUUGCAAGAGCUCUUAGUUAGCGAUAAUGCAGGAGCUAGAUGGGUUGAUGGCACUUAUUUUGCGAAGUGGUUGGUAGAGUCCAACGAAAACUUAUCAGGGCGUUUAGGUUUAUUUUGGACUAGUGACCUUAACCUGGAAGUGAUCAAUUCUAGUGCUUAUGUGAUAGCAGUUAGAAUCAGAGAGCUGGAUGACUUUGUUUGGGGAGCUAUCUUUGUCUAUGGGCACCCUAAAGCCAAACAAAGGUUCAGAGUGUGGAGUGAGAUCAAAGCCAUAGCUUCUUCCUACUUGCUGCCAUGGUUAAUGGUGGGUGAUUUCAAUCAAGUGACUUCCCAUGAAGACAAAAAGGGUGGAAACAAGAUCUCGGAAACACUUUCAGACCAUGGCCCAAUCAUGGUUAAUCUCAAAGCUUCGUACACGCAUAAUUCAAAGAAGAGGUUGAGAUUUGAAAAGUUCGAGUCACAUACGGAAGCUGCAACGGCAAUUAUUAGCAAGAUUUCGUCUGAAAAUAAUGGAGCUCAACUAGAAACUGGGGACAAGCUUUCACAUUUGUUAGAACAUCCAAACACGGUCCAACAACUUGCUGAAAAAGAAACAAGGAUGUAUGAAUCAACAACACAAGCAAGUCAACCACAAUACAAUUUGGAAAAUCAUGAAGCCAAUACUGGAGAAGAAGAAGAACUGCAAAUCCCUCGAAGAGUAGAUUAUAUCAUCAGGGGAGAUGGAGCAUAUGAUGAUAUUCACAAAAUGGGGACAGCAGCUUGGAAAAUUUUGACAGGGACUGGUCAGUACAUCACACAUGGCGUAGAGGUAUUUCAUUGUGCUUCUCCAAUCCUUGCUGAAGGUCGGGCAUGCUUGAGAGGUAUAGAAGAGGCUCUGAGGAGGCGCCUUCACUUUUGUCAAAUCCAAACAUAUGGCAUCUCCAUUGUUCGUGUAGCUAAGGGAUUAACUAGACUUCCUUAUGAAUUUAGUGGCCUAGAAAAUGAUAUUUGUUGUACUUUAUCUGCAGUAGAAGGAUCUAAUGUUAUUAAAGGUUUGUUAAUAGAUUCCUUUAAAUUACUGCAAACGAUGCCUCUAAAUUCCUCCGAGAAUGGCGUCGAUGGCGAUGACGAGAGAGAAGGAGAAGAGGAGGAGGAACAAGUAGAGGAUGAUUCGGAAGCUGAAGAGGAAGGAGAUGAGGAGGAGGAGGAGGAGGAGGAGGAAGAGGAAGAGCCGAGGUUGAAGUAUCAGAGAAUGGGAGGGAGUGUGCCUUCGCUUCUCGCUUCCGAUGCCGCCACCUGCAUCGCCGUGGCUGAGCGUAUGAUCGCACUCGGAACUCAUGCCGGCUUUGUUUAUAUUCUCGAUUUCCUUGGCAAUCUCAUUAAGGAAUUUCGUGCACACACGGCUUCUGUCAAUGACCUUUGCUUUGAUAUAGAAGGUGAAUUUGUUGGAAGCUGCUCAGAUGAUAAGUCAGUUGUGAUAAAUAGCUUAUUUUCUGAUGAGAGAUUGCAAUUUAAUUAUCCUCGCCCCAUGAAGGCAAUUGCUUUAGAUCCAGACUAUGAAAAGAAAUCAUCAAGAAGAUUUGUUGCUGGUGGUCUAGAUGGUCGCUUAAAUUUAAACAUGAAGAAAUGGAUUGGCUAUCGUGAUCAGCUCCUGCACUCUGGUGAAGGUCCAAUUCACGCAGUAAAGUGGAGAAGUAGUCUUAUUGCUUGGGCUAAUGAUGUUGGAGUAAAAGUUUAUGAUUCCGCCAAUGAUCAAUGCGUUACUUUCAUAGAAAAACCUCGAAGUAGCCCUCGCCCUGAGAUUUUGCGUCCUCACUUAGUAUGGCAGGAUGACAGUCUUUUGGUGAUUGGUUGGGGAAACCAUGUAAAAAUUGCUUCGAUAAGAACAAAUCAGAACAAGGGCACUAAUGGGAUGUAUAACCAUAUUCCAAUGUCUAGCCUUAACAGGGUGGACAUUGUGGCAUCCUUUCACACUACAUACUCCAUUUCAGGUGUUGCUCCCUUUGGUGAUUCGUUGGUGGUUCUAGCAUAUAUUCCUGUGGAGGAAAAUGGAGACAAGGAUUUUAACAACAGUGUCUCAUCCCGCCAGGGAAACGCUCAGAGACCUGAAGUGAGGGUAGUCACAUGGAAUAAUGAUGAGCUUGCAACAGAUGCUUUACCAGUACAUGGUUAUGAGCAUUACAGAGCAAAAGAUUAUUCUCUAGCUCAUGCUCCCUUUUCAGGCAGCAGCUAUGCUGGAGGUCAGUGGGCUGCUGGUGAUGAACCUCUGUAUUAUAUUGUGUCGCCAAAGGAUGUUGUCAUUGCGAAGCCUCGGGAUGCAGAAGACCACAUUGCUUGGCUUCUUCAACAUGGAUGGCAUGAAAAAGCCUUGGCUGCAGUUGAAGCUGGUCAAGGUCGCAGUGAACUUCUUGAUGAGGUGGGGUCAAGAUAUCUUGACCAUCUAAUAGUAGAAAGAAAAUAUGCAGAAGCUGCAUCUUUAUGUCCCAAACUACUAAGGGGAUCAGCUUCGGCAUGGGAAAGGUGGGUAUUUCAUUUUGCUCACUUGCGCCAACUUCCAGUAUUGGUUCCGUACAUACCAUCUGAGAAUCCAAGAUUGCGAGACACUGUUUAUGAGGUUGCUCUGGUGGCUUUGGCUACAAACCCUUCUUUCCACGAAAAUCUUCUGUCAAUUAUCAGAUCAUGGCCACCUGUAAUCUACUCUGCGCCGUCUGUUAUCUCGGCUAUAGAGCCUCAACUUAAUACUUCAUCGAUGACAAAUCCUCUCAAAGAGGCACUUGCGGAGCUAUAUGUGAUAGAUGGACAGUAUGAGAAAGCUUUUUUGUGUUAUGCCGAUAUUAUGAAGCCAGAUAUAUUCGAUUUCUUUGAAAAGCAUAAUUUGCAUGAUUCCAUUCGUGAGAAGGUUGUUCAACUUAUGAUGAUAGACUGCAAACGUGCAAUUUCAUUGCUGAACCAACACAUCAACCUCUUGCCUCCUUCAGAAGUUGUUUCUCAGCUUCUUGCUGCGAAGGACAAAUGUGACUACCGAUACUUUCUACAUUUAUAUCUUCACUCACUGUUUGUGGCCAACUCUGAUGCUGGAAGAGAUUACCAUGACAUGCAGGUUGAGCUCUAUGCUGAUUAUGAUCCGAAGAUGCUUCUUCCUUUUCUACGCAGUAGUCAGCAUUACACACUUGAAAAGGCUUAUGAAAUAUGCGCAGAAAGAGGUCUGUUAAGAGAGCAAGUUUUCAUCCUGGGAAGAAUGGGAAAUGCGAAACAAGCUCUCGUAGUUAUUGUUAAUAAUCUGGGUGACAUUGAAGAGGCUGUGGAGUUUGUAAGUAUGCAGCAUGAUGAUGAACUCUGGGAAGAGUUGAUAAAGCAAUGUCUCAAUAAACCAGAAAUGGUAGGUGUAUUACUAGAGCAUACAGUAGGAAAUCUUGAUCCUUUACGAAUUGUGAAGAUGUUACCUGAAGGUUUGGAGAUACCUCGGCUGAGAGACCGGCUGGUUAAAAUUAUUACAGACUACAGAACAGAAACGUCUCUUCGACAUGGUUGUAAUGAUAUUCUGCAGACGGAUAAAGUGAACCUCUUGAUCAAAUGUUUCAAAGAAGCAAGACGCGGCAUGUGCUUUAGCAAUGAAGAGAAUGAAACACGUUCCAAAAGAGAAGAGAGUAAAAUGUCUGGGUCAAUACGUAGAGUUCCAAGUAGGACAUCCAUGGAAAUCAAGUCAAAAACGAGGGGUGGUGGAAGGUGUUGCAUGUGUUUCGACCCCUUCCCCAUACAGGAUGUGAACAUCGUCAUAUUCUUUUGCUCUCAUGGUUACCAUGCCACAUGUCUCAUGGAAUCAACUGUCUCUACUACAUCCAAGAGAGAGCCGAAACCCAUUUCCGAGGAUGAGUUGGCGUACUAUGAAUAUGAGAAUGGAGAUGUUGAUGAAGACGACGAAGCUAACCCUUCUGAUGCUCAAAAACUGCGCUGUAUCUUGUGUACAACGGCAGCAGCUUGA